AACAGAGAUGGCCCUCCUGUGUUGACCACGUACCCUUGGCGUGUGUGCAGGUGUGAUGGUGACGUCAGCUGCACAGUCUUUCGAAUUGAGCCUCUUCAUGAGCGCUGGGAUUUAGAGGAGGCGUGUGCCCAAUUGCUCAAUGACCAAUGGCAGCGCAGCAUGGGGGCGCGAAUUCACUCACUCCAUCAGUCCAGCCACGACUAUCCCGUGUGUCUCCUGCUACUGCAGGGCGAGAGGCAGACUCAACAUGAAAAGGUCAUCGGUCAUGCCCGCCUGUCUCGCGUUCUGGGCAGCCGAAGUCUGUUGGUGGAGUCGGUAGUGGUUUGCAAAUCAUUGCGAGGGAAGGGUUAUGGCCGAAUCCUUAUGGAAGGUGUUGAACGCUAUGCCAAAGGACGGGGCUGUACCCGAUUGUGCCUAACUACUCACGAUAAGCAACACUUCUACGCCCAUCUGGGGUUUGUGCUUUCCAAACCUGUCCAAAGCGUGGGGACUCUGGCCUCCUUCAUGCCCAUGGAGAUUUUACACAGAUUCUGUAGGACUGCCGAGAAUGAGGAGGAAGAGAGGAAGUUUAAGGUUACCAAUCAUGCUAAAUCAACACCUUCUGUUUUACCUCCGGCUCCUCCUCCUCCUCCACCACCACCUCAAAUUUAUUCUUCUCCUCCUCCACCACAACCUCCCAUUUCUUGUCCUCCUCCACCUCCACCCCCACCCCCUCCAUUGUUCUGUGCUCCAGUUAGUCCGACUCUGGAGCAAACACCAUACACAGACAACAGUGGACUGCCUAUCUUCUGGAUGCACAAGGACAUCUGAGACUCGGGUGGCGCUUCUUCAGUCUGUAACUGAUUCAGGGAUGCACUGUAUUGACUUGAAGUACUGUAACUAUCUGAAUGUGCCUUAAAUAGAUUUUACUUAAAUAUUUUAUAGCAUCUCUAAACGAAAUGUCACUGCUUUUAAAGAGUGUAUUUAAAAUAAAAUUGUACUGCAACUUCAA